UCUUCGCGCUCGCAGCCAAAGCCUAGUUUUCGUGUGAAAAGUCGUCCUUUUUUGUGUCGUUUCGAGAGAAACCCUUCAGCCCACCAUCACGAUGAAGUUCGCCGUCGUCCUUGCCGCCGUUCUGGCCGUCGCCCUUGCCGCUCCCGCCGACGAACGGGACGCUCAGGUGCUGAAGUACGAAAACGACAACCUGGGAGUCGACGGAUACAACUUCCAGUACGAAACCAGCAACAACAUUAAUCGCGCCGAGACGGCCGAGCUGAAGAACUUCGGUGAUGAUGUCGCGGCUCUGGUUGUUCGAGGCUCGUACUCGUACACCGGCCCAGACGGACAGGUCUACACCGUCAACUAUGUCGCCGAUGAGAACGGUUUCCAGCCGGAGGCCCCCCACAUCCCGCGCCUGUAAGCGGACCUUUUUUCAUCCACCCACCUACGCACCCUGAGCCAUAUCUAUCCCUUUAGUCCCCGCUUAGUCUCGUGAGACUUUUCUAUACCACUUCGCCAAUAAAAGCUGUGACCUGAUUGUGUUUUUUUGUUUUGUCGAGAUACAAAAAAAAACGGACAAAAACAAUCCAA